AUAAGCUGAUUAGCUGACUCAAAACAUUGGUCGUAUGAAUUCGUCAAUGAUAACGUGCCUAGUUUUUUAGUAAAAGGCGAUAUAGUCCAUCAGAUAAAUGUUUAAUUUUGUUACGUUGCAUCACUCUACACGGCUUGGGAGUUCGCUAUAACACAACGUGCACAAAACAUUCUCUGUGGCGGAACGGGGAGACCGCACGUUGAACCGCUCCUUUGUUUUGUGCGAGUUUCUAUCAAGAUCUUUGUGAUGUGAAUUCUGGACACGAAAAUGGCUGUUUCAACUAACUGCUGGAAAUAUCUGGUGCUGACGUUCAAUAUUCUAUUCGCGAUGUCAGCAUUGGUACUUUUUGGCGCGAGUGGGUUUUUGCUCUACCGGCUCUUUGUGUACCGGCAUUUUAUUGGAGUCAAUGUGGAAUACCCGGCUAUUCUGUUACUAAUGAUGGCUAUAAUAUCAUGCUCCAUUGCCUGGAUUGGAUGGAGGACAGCCAGGUCCAUGCAUCAGUUCCAUGUGAUCAUAACCGGCAUCCUGAUCAUAUUGGUCGUCGUGAUCGAAUUCUCUUGCUUCGUGUGGGCGAUGGUCGUGUGGGAUAACAUUGAAAUAGACAUCACCAGCACUAUGUCUUCAUACUUCAAGCUGACCACUGACCUAAAAGACCCUAAUUCCGCCGACGCCAUCAGAUGGGACCGGCUUCAUGUGAGGUUCCAAUGCUGCGGCCUCAGCGGUCCCACGGACUUCAGCUCCACGGGCCAGGUGCCCUUCUCAUGCUGCGGCCAGGGGCCCCUGGACUCGUUGCACAAGCCCUACGCCUCUGACUGCACGGCGCUCUUCCAGCGAGGGUGCGGGAAACCCCUCCACGAGUAUGCGAGAGAGCAGCUAUUGCUGGUGUCUAUGACGGCGCUGACUGCUUCUAUAUUGCAGAGCACUGGGAUAUUCUGCACGUUCUUCCUGGCGCAGUCUAUCCAGGAGCGGCGGCGGGCGUCCGUCAGGAACUCCUCUUCUAUGAGGGAAGCCACAUUCGCGGCGCCAGACGACUCUCUUCUAUCCCCCACUGCGCCGGCGCAAACCUUGCCAAAGUAUUAGUUUAGUAUCAUGAAGACUGUUCUUUUUCUUUUUUAGACUAGGGACCCUCUACUUCGCGAGGGUACUUAAUAAGUUCGAAUAAUAUAGCUAAACGUUUUUUGAGGAGCAGGUAUUUGGGGUUAUUUCGAAGGUUCCCAGUUUAUUGGGAAAGAAAAUGCUGAGAAAUUACUCCUAUCAACUAUUUUAAAAUUAUAUUCUUUCCUGUUUUCUAUGUCUAUGACGUUUGUCUUUAAUAAUUUUAUAAACAGUAUGUGUUACGAUACUAGUUUUUCAUUAAAGCAGCUCUUGCUUUCAGCAUUUAUAGCCUCGUUAGUUGGAGGGGUAGGCAGAGACAACAUCUUUCUACUUGCCACAAUCCUCGCAUACUUCUUUCAUUCAUCCAAACUCAUCACACUCUUCAUGCAAACUCGUUCGUUGAGGGUACACUUGGCCUGAUUUCUUAGGCAGUGCGUUCCUAGGAUCAAGGCACUCUACGCCUCGCCCUUCCAGCGUUCCUAUUCACACGAUACGAUUUUAGCAUUUAUGAUAUAGCAAUUGAAUUAAUUUAUCUCGGCGAGUGUAUCAAGGGCGUUGCACGAGUAAGUUCAUAAUAACCAGAUAAAUCACAUCGGCAAAAACAGACAUCCAUAUUAAGUUACCAUGACAUAAAUAUUGCCAGUGAUGUUGCUAUAUCCAAUGAUUGAAAAAAUAUAUUGAAUUUUGUAUUAGGGAUUAUUAAUCAUACGGAUAAGCUAACCGAGCAGAGAUUGAACAGGGGACUUGAGGUCCAGUGACGAGAACAUAUCAAUUUUAAUGUCAACCUAGUUUUAAGUAUUAAAAACGCGAACAUUCUUAUUGUAAACCAGUUAGACAAUAAUUUAACUAGCGGAUUGUAUUAAAAAGCAAUUAAUAUCCCAUUCGGUUACAAAAGUAAAUUUGACCUCAGAAAAAUAACGGGGGUAUAAUUAGAUUUAAGUAUACGCCGACCGAAUUGAUAUUUUAAUAACUUUACCGACCACGUAAUUAAGUGACCUUCUUGUGCUUACCACAGAACAUGAAAUAACCUCGGACGUUAAAACGUAGACAGUGGUCCUUACUCUGUUGUCAUCUUAUGGAAAAUGUCUUUAGAAGCACGGAAGACCGUUCUUUUUACCCGACUGCGUUUUACAGUACUAUAAUCAAGUGUCAGUAGUAUAAAAAAGCUUUAUACUGACAUUUGGAAAAGCUUAAUAAAGUAGAAUUGCUCUUCGUUUAAUAAAAAGAAAAUUAUGAAUUUAGAAACAAUUUCAGUUCAAUAUUUUUGUAAACCUACUCGUAUUUAUACAAGCAGGGUUCAAAUGGAUUCUUGUUGGUUGUGUUUGCGUGGUUGUUUAUAUAUUUCGAAAUUUAAGACGUUUUUAUAAAGUGUUCUAAAUAUAAGUAAGUAAAAAAAAAUUAGCGAACGGUGAUAAAUUUAAGAUUAACAUAUUUUGUAAGAUUUUUAUAUGGAAUUGUAGGAUUAAUAAUGUUAAUUCCUGUCAUUUAUAUUUUGUACUGAAAUUAAUCUUCUACUCGUGAAAGAUAAAUCUUUACGUAGGUACGUGGACUCU